AUGGUUCGCAAACGUUUUCAAGAAGCCAAGACAGGUAUUGAAUAUCUCAAAUCAGUGGAUUUCGACAAGUACUUGAGGAAAGUAGGAUUAGGAAAAGAAGACCACUACUUCUGGAAGCAAGUAGGCAAGUCGCUCCUCUGCACAUACGCUAUCAUCGGCGUUGUGUGGGUUUAUAAUGAAACCUCACCACUCGGUUGGUGGACACUGAAACCGAGACCAAAGGAGGAAAAGGAGCUUGCCCAUCUGUACGAGAGACGACAAUUCCCAUAUCCAGGCGAUGAAGAAGCAAUGGAAGAGUUUGUUGCAAAGGGAGGAAUGAUUGGCACAACAAUUGGGCCGAAAGGGACUGUGGAGACUGAUAAAGAUUCAUAUAAUUAUCAGAAAGAGUUGCAGGAUAAGAAGUUUGAGCAAGAAGCACAGAAGCUAUGGUUUAGGAUGAGGAACGAGGUUAUUCAGGAGAUUCAGGAGAAAGGGUAUGAUGUUGAGUGA